CCGGAGCCGUGCUCCCUGAAGCUGCCCGGCAGGUCCCGGCUGGGCUGGAACCCGGGAUCCGCGCAGUCCCGCCGCUGCCCAGUGGCGCCCGCGCCCUCGCAGCCACGCCGGGCGCCCUCUCCCCACUUGCUCGCUGCGCAGCUCCGGCUCCCGGGCGCAAUGGACGCGGCGCUGCUCCACAGCCUGCUGGAGGCCAACUGCAGCCUGGCGCUGGCAGAAGAGCUACUCCUGGACGGCUGGGGGCCGCCGCUGGACCCCGAGGGUCCCUACUCCUACUGCAACACCACCCUGGACCAGAUCGGCACGUGCUGGCCCCAGAGCGCGGCUGGAGCCCUGGUGGAGAGACCGUGUCCCGAGUACUUCAACGGCAUCAAGUACAACACGACCCGGAAUGCCUACCGAGAAUGCUUGGACAACGGGACAUGGGCUUCAAGGAUCAACUACUCACAAUGUGAGCCCAUUUUGGAUGAUAAGCAGAGGAAGUAUGACCUACAUUACCGCAUCGCCCUGGUUGUCAACUACCUGGGCCACUGUGUUUCAGUGGUGGCUCUGGUGGCAGCCUUCCUGCUUUUCCUGGCUCUGCGGAGUAUUCGCUGCCUGCGGAACGUGAUCCACUGGAACCUCAUUGCCACCUUCAUCCUGAGAAAUGUCAUGUGGUUUCUGCUGCAGCUCAUUGACCAUGAAGUGCACGAGAGCAACGAGGUCUGGUGCCGCUGCAUCACAACCAUCUUCAACUACUUUGUGGUCACCAACUUCUUUUGGAUGUUUGUGGAAGGCUGCUAUCUGCACACAGCCAUCGUCAUGACCUACUCCACCGAGCGCCUGCGCAAGUGGCUCUUCCUCUUCAUUGGCUGGUGCAUCCCCUGCCCCAUCAUCAUGGCCUGGGCAGUUGGCAAACUCUACUAUGAGAAUGAACAGUGCUGGUUUGGCAAGGAGCCUGGCGACUUAGUGGACUACAUCUACCAAGGCCCUAUCAUCCUUGUGCUCCUGAUCAAUUUUGUAUUUCUGUUCAACAUCGUCAGGAUCCUGAUGACAAAAUUACGAGCAUCCACUGCAUCUGAGACAAUCCAGUACAGGAAGGCAGUGAAGGCUACCCUCGUCCUCCUGCCCCUGCUGGGCAUCACCUACAUUCUCUUCUUCGUCAAUCCUGGGGAGGAUGACCUGUCACAGAUUGUGUUCAUCUAUUUCAACUCCUUCCUGCAGUCCUUCCAGGGUUUCUUUGUGUCUGUCUUCUACUGCUUCUUCAACGGAGAGGUGCGCUCAGCCCUGAGAAAGCGGUGGCAUCGCUGGCAGGACCAUCAUUCCCUUCGAGUGCCUGUGGCCCGGGCCAUGUCCAUCCCCACAUCACCUACCAGGAUCAGCUUCCACAGCAUGAAGCAGACGGCUGCUGUGUGACCCCCCCCUCCAUCAUCCACCUGCACCUUCACCAUUAAGGCAGCUUCCCCGUUCUCCAGUCUUUCCCUGGGUCCUCUUUGCUACACAGACCUUCGGGGUGCAGGAGGAGGGGAGAAACCAGCUCUCAAGCCUGGAAGGAAAGGGGAUACAGCUAUGAAAGGGGACUCUGAAGGACCAGGGCCCAUUGCAGCCACAAGUCUCCAAACAAGAGGGAGCAGAGGGACACCGUGGGAGCCCCAGAAAGACUACUGUCUUCAAGCUCUGCUUAUGGGGACCUCAUUGCAGCCCCAUUUACAUAUGAAGAAACUAAGGCCCAUAAGAAGACAAGGGCCUGACCAAGUCACAAGCCGCUUGCCUGCUCAUAGCACCAAAAGUCUGACUCCGCACCCUGCUUUCCCCUUCCACACGCAGCACUCUCUGCAGGUGGGGGAAUCAAGAACUAAUUUAGACUGUCAAGCAGAGAAGCCUCCUUCCUUUGUAUCAGCGCCUCCCUAAGCUGUUCCUUCACUCCCAUUCUAGUCCUCCUGCCCCUGGGGCGCCAGGAAAGAUGUUCGCUUCCAGCCUCAUGCCCCUCCUGGGUGUCACCUAGGCUCAGAUUGGGGCCCUAGAGAUGCAGUAGGCUGAGAGACAGCCAGCAGUGGGGUGGGGAUCACCCAAACCAAAGUAUGACUGUGGGUUGGAAUGAGGCCCUGUUUCUCUUCAGACUUCAUCAGCCUGUCCUACAAAAACAGCUCCCUGUGAAAUCAACCAGGCAUCUGUGGAGAUGGCUACCUUCAAGUCAACCAGCCAGACACUGGAGGGAUGGUAUGGGCCAAGGAUGGGGGCAGGUUAUUUGCAGGGUACAGCCAUGUCCUCUCUCCUUAGAGUGGCCCAAGCAGGUCUUCCUCUGAUCUGUGGUAGGUUUGGCACGUUUCAAGUUCAAAGAGUCUGAAGGUCUGCCAUCUGCCAGAUUGAUGUCUGCCCCACCCCCUCCCCCAACCUGGAGGGGGCUUGCCUGUCCCAGAGGCUGAGGUUCUGGACUGGAGAAGAAAGGGUAAACAAGGCCCCUCAGACUCUACAAGCAACAACCAGCAGAGCUUGGUUUCAGCUCACCUUUAAUUUUUCUGUCCUUUAGGCAGGGGACGAGAGGAGGGAGAAGCCACCAGGCUAUUGGUUUGAAGAGGGCUUUUGCCCUUGGUACCCCACAAAAAUAAAUCUAAAAAAGUC